AUGGCCGCAUCCCAGCCAGCGUCCUCCUCUGGCACCCAGGAUGCGAACCCCAUCAGUACCAUCCCGGUGGGCCUGAAGGAGGCCGCUCUCGAUUCACCGACCUUUCGCGCAAGCGCCUUGCAUUUCGCUGAGCAGAUCGAUCUUGUGGAGAAAUGGCUGGAUGGAGUGGCCAGGAGCGCCGUCAGGCUGAACUCGGAGCUCGCGUCGCUUGAAACUGCGGCAAACGCGUUGAUCUCCAAUAUCCCAGCCCCGACCACCAUCUCGGAAGCGGCCAUAGAUCAUGAUUAUGCAUUCUUUGCCUUGAGACGACACGGGGAGAUUGUGAAGGAUUUUUGGAACGCUGUCAUAUCUACUGUUAAGAAGAUUUUGCGCGAAGCCAAUUCGUUGGCGUAUUCAAAAUGGGGCCAGGAGAUGGAUAGAAUAAAGGGCUGGUCCAACGAGAUUGAGACAAGUGAGAAACUAUCAAAACGUGACCUUCUCGCCGCUAGAAGGCAAAUCGAAGAGGCUGCUGAGCUGGCUGUUCGGCCAUCUCGAGAACUUGACGAUUAUUCGGUAUCUACUGUGCCAUAUCUAGGCUCACACGGUCCCGCUUCACUUAAGAUGGGGAAGGACCAUACCUUCCGGCCCGAAAAACAAGGUUGGUUGAACUUGAGGAUCCUUACUGGGAAACCUACAAGAACGGCCUGGGUCCGCCGUUGGACCUUUUUGAGGCAUGGGAUCUUCGGGUGCCUGGUGCAUAGCUCUCGAACCGGCGGUGUGGAAGAAAGUGAGAGAAUCGGGGUUCUUCUAUGCAGUAUUCGACCUGCAUUUCAAGAGGAACGUCGAUUUUGCUUUGAGGUUAAGACUAAGAACAAUACUAUAAUGCUACAAGCUGAGACUCAACAGGAGCUCACAGAAUGGAUCGGGUCUUUUGAAGCGGCCAAGCGAAAAGCCCUCGAUAGUCCUUUUCCAGCUUCCCUGCCUGGAAAUCCGCAAGUCCAAGACCCUGCUUUCUCAAUAUCUCAGCCGCCGGCACCUGAGUUUGCUGCAGAUACCUCGGAGUCCCUCACACCCGGUGCAAAUGAUGAACCUUCCAUCAUAGACCGAGUUUGUACUGCCCCGCUUACAGACCGUGAUGGUUUUGCAAUCCGGAAUAGUAGCGACCUGCCAUCAAGGCGGUCCACUGCAGUCGAUCAUGAGGUGGAAAGCGGCGGAAGGGAUCAUGCAAGUAGGCUUAUUCAAAAGCUCGAUAUCCAUCGACGUGCCGCAACAGGAUUACAACAAACCAGUACUUCAUCAUCUCAGUCCAAUACGCCUGGUAUAGCUUCCCUGAUAGCUGCCAGUCACACUCUCCUCCCUCUCGGCGCGCAAGCAUCCGGAAACGCUCCAGAAAAUGAAUAUAGACAGCGGUAUCCCAACAUUUUUAAUUACAACACUCGAGAUAGCCCGGUGGGAUCCCUUGCACCGCCAACCUUGGCGAAUCCUCCUGCACCUACUAGUAUGAGUAGAGCAGCGGUGAUUGUGAGCAGUGAAAUCGGAUUUGGGGUCAGAAUCCCAGAUGGGACAGGGGCAAUGCCCAGCGCCCAAGGGAUCUGCAUAGAAGCUCCAAGGAAUGGCAGCCCGCCCGAAGAUGAUCCUCUCGCAGCUCGCCACAGACAAACUAUUAGUCUUGAUGGUGGCAAUCCAUCAACUCUGAAGGACGGUGCCACAGUUGCAUCCGAGUAUCCCAGCUAUUAUCCUGCACAGCUAAAACCACACGACGCACAGUUUCGACUUCUUUUCCCCAAUAUUGCAAAAGAUGAAACUCUUGUUUUUGUAUUCCGAGCCUGUUUAAGUUUGAAUGACCACCACGACUUUCCGGGAAGAGCAUACGUCACGACAAGACGCAUCUAUUUUUACAGCAAUCAUUUCAGUCUCGUGUUUACAAGUUGUGUCGACCUCGUUAUGAUUACUGAUGUCACAGCUGCUCCCGUCAACAUGUCGCAGGCGAAGGAACCACCCAAUCUGGAGAAAAUAUUUAAAUCUUUGAUAAAAAUGGAGGAUAUUACACGGACACCGAGUAUGGAGAGUUGGGAAGAUGUCUCCCUGAACACCCCAGUCGAUGGGGCGUCGCGUAACGUUGACGGGAAACGUUCUGAUAAACCCUUUAAGCCAGAAUUACGCCCUGACCACGACUUGAAUAUGAAUAAACGCAAGCAUGAUCACGACUCACUUCGAAUAAAGUUGCCAUCUCAGCCCGUCCACUAUGUGCCGCAGGGUGCCCCUCUCCUGGCUGCCGAGAAGUUCUAUGAUAUCAGUUCGAAAGCCUUGUUCCAUGUUCUAUUUGGGGAUAAAAGUGCUGUUUGCCAGCUGCUUCAACAUCAGCGGAGUGCCCAAAACAUUAGACAAGGUCCGUGGUCGAGUCUUCAUUCUGCACAUUUGAGACGCGAUAUCAAAUACCAAAUAAAGAUGGCAGACACAUUCGGACGACUACGCCUCACUGAUGUAUCUGACUAUCAAAUCGUUGAUGUUCUAAACGACCACUUGUGCUACGUAGUUACUGAUAAACGGACGCCGUGGCAUCUGCCUUUUAAACGCUAUUUCAGGCUUGUUAGCAAAAUUGUUAUUACCUAUGUCUCAAAAUCAAGAUGCAAGCUUGCCAUAUUCACCAAGGUGGAAUGGCUAUGGGAACCAUAUAUCAUUCGAAGCAUAAUCGAUAGGCAAGCCCUGAACGAUCUUGAACAGGAUGCGCUUGACCUUGUGGAUCUUGUUUCCGAAGAGGUUAAACGGCUUGGCUCCCAUAACCAAACGAAAAUGGCUAUAGCACUAUUCGGCCACAUUGGCCGCCAAACUCGAGGGACUGAAUUUACUGAGGAUUCGCAAAACUUAAAACCCUAUCUUCGCCGUCCCCUCAAGCAAAGUGGUAUCAUCCCACUUCUACUUGAAACUUCCGGGUCUUUGUUACAGAGUGCAGUAUCCUCAUUGAUGAUUUGGUUUUGGGGGUUGCUUCGAUGGCUGUGGAAAACCUGCAGAGCUCACAGCAUCAUACUCCUGUUGCUCGCGUUCAGCGUGCUUAUUAAUGCUUUCCAUUCGUACCAUGAUACCGUUGAAUGGUGGCAUGAGCGUAAUGCUGGCAACUUCAUGAGCCGGCUUGGUGUUGGACCUAAUCGUGUUAUGAGCAAGGCGGUAUAUAUUAAAGACAUGGAUGAUGCGAUUGCUAAUACCACAGGUAUUGACAUAAGCAAUCCAGGUUCUUGCUUCUCAACUUUCCGCGAGAGCAACGCUUUAGGAUUUUCAGAUAUGCCACGAAUAAUCACACCCUCUGAAACCAACACCAAGGAUUCCAGGACAAAACUGCAGUUGCAACGGACGAGAGAGAGGCUAGGGAUCUACCGACACAACCUCCUUGUUGCCUUAAGGGUGGUCAACCGGAUAGAAAAAGAAGUAGUCCAGGCGGAAUGGGAACGCUGGCUCCAACAGGAGACGCAGAAGUGCCACGCGAUCGAGACUCUACUGAAAGAUCGGGAGCGAUUAAAUGACCGUGACGGCAGCGAUGAAACAGUUUCGGAUUUGAAGCAGCGGUUCGCAGCGACGGAUAUCGAAGAUAUCCAGUAUUGGUAUGAGGAUUAUUGUUUGAGUUGCCAGCAGGAGCUGGAGAAGAUUCGUGGUUGA